GUGGCCGGCGCCGGCUGAGGCGGCAGAGCGGGUCUGCGGCGUGGGAAAGCGCGGCGAGGAGCAGACCGCGCUGCCCGGCGCAGGUCCGGGUGCAGGAGGAGGCGAGGGGCGGCGCGAUGAAGCGCCCGUGCGAGGAGACGACGUCUGAAAGCGACGUGGACGAGACGAUCGACGUGGGGAGCGAGAACAACUACUCGGGGCAAAGUGCUAGCUCUGGGAUUAGACCGAAUUCUCCAACAACAUCAUCUCAAAUUAUGGCAAGAAAGAAAAGAAGAGGGAUUAUAGAGAAAAGGCGUCGGGAUCGGAUAAAUAACAGUUUAUCUGAGUUGAGACGGCUGGUGCCAACUGCUUUUGAAAAACAAGGGUCUGCAAAGUUAGAAAAAGCUGAAAUACUGCAGAUGACAGUGGAUCAUUUGAAGAUGCUUCAGGCAACAGGGGGUAAGGGCUACUUCGACGCCCAUGCCCUGGCUGUGGACUUCAUGAGCAUCGGCUUCCGAGAGUGCCUCACCGAGGUGGCGCGCUACCUGAGCUCCGUGGAGGGCCUGGACUCCUCCGACCCACUGCGCGUGCGCCUGGUCUCGCACCUCAGCUCGUGCGCCACCCAGCGGGAGGCGGCGGCGAUGGCCUCGCCCCUGGCGCCGCCCCACGCCCUGCACCCGCCCUGGGCGGCCGCCUUCCACCAUCUGCCGGCCGCGCUGCUGCGCCCCGCCGGACUGCACGCUGCGGACGGCCCGUGCCGCCUGUCCCCGGGCUCUGAGGCGGCCCCGGCGCACGGCUCGGCGCUGCUCACCGCCACCUUCGCGCACGCGGACUCGGCCGUGCGCGUGCCCGCUGCAGGCAGCCUGGCGCCGUGCGCGCCGCCGCUGUCCACGUCGCUGCUGUCGCUGUCGGCCACGGUGCACGCGGCGGCGACGGCGGCGGCGCACGGCUUCCCGCUGUCCCUGGCCGGCGCCUUCCCGGUGCUGCCCCCGAGCGCGGCGGCCGCGGUGGCGGCGGCCACGGCCCUGAGCCCGCCCCUGGCGGUGGCGGCGGCCGGGGCCCCGCAGGCCGGCGGCGGGGCGCACGCCAAGCCCUACCGGCCCUGGGGCACCGAGGUCGGGGCCUUCUGACGCCCGCCGGUGGCGAGCACGGCCGGCUGCUCGGCGUCGCCUGGCGGACGGGGAGGGCCGCACGCCGGGGCCGCGCGCCAGUCAGCCCGGGGGAGGCGCCGCUGAAGGCCCUGGAGGGGAAGUGGUGUUUGCUAAGUGCCUGCGCUAAGGAGGCUUCCUUCUGAGUUGUCGCCUUGCACGAUGAGGACGCACGGGCCGAGGACGGCCCCGCAGGGGCUGCGAGCUGUCACGGUGCAGGUUCCGGGGCCGAGAAGAGCGGUUUCCCCUCGCUGCCUGUGCAGACUGGCCGCGUGGUGCACCCAGCCGCGGUGAGUGUGUGCAACUACUCCGUCAGUGCCUGGAUUAAUUAACGCGUUGUGCAGUGCCCGGCCCCAGGUGCUGGGGAGGCCCGGAGCGCGCCCACAGCAGCCUGGGUCCUGCCGAUACGGACACGCUCCAUCUCGCAGAGUCUGCAUUAAUUUAUUCAGUUUCAUUUGGACUAUUCUUGUCUAUUUAUCCUCCUCGUUUCCCCCUGGUAACAUGUAACAUCCGUUCUUGUCACGUUUGGGAGAAAAGUGGCAUUUCUGGGGCUGAGGGCACAAGGAGAGCUCGUGGGGACGAGAGAAGCCACCAAGCUGAACUGCCCCUGGUCACCUUAGCGACUGCGUUGGAUCCCAAACCAAGAUGAAUGUAUGCAAAGGGCUGUACAUAAAUUAUUUCUGUUCGUGCCUAGACUAGUGCUACAUGACGUUUUGGUUUUGGUUUUGGAUUUAAUGACAAAAUAAUCUCUUAAUGCAUUGAAAUUGAGCACAUGAGAUUUUAUAUUUGAAAGAUAAAGACACAGCAUGUAUUCUUAUGCACUUCAUUUCUCUGCUGUGUGGGGAAAGCAAUAAAUAUGAGAAUGUUAAACAUUAUGCAAAAUUAUACUUUUAAAUAUUUGUCUGAAAAUGACUGUACCUAGUCUUUUGCAGUACUUUGUAACCUUUUUCUAUGCAAACAAGUCUGUAUGACUAAUUAAAUGAAGUCCUUUUUGACUUUUUAUGUGGAUGAAGUUGCUUUUCACAGUGGAAACGACAUGGAUUUCAAGUGAGGCUCUGCUCGCUAACAGAGUAAGCCAUGGCUCGCCUCACUCCAAGACUCAUUUGUCUAAUACGAUUCACAGUUUAUUGGAAAAUAGCAUUUAUCCAAGCUCACAAAUUAUUCAAGCAUGAGCAGUAAGACUUGGAGACAAGAAGUGAGCAGUGCCCUCCACCUUUAAUUCUUAACCAUGGUGCUUAGAGAGGCAUAAGUACGACCUCCACAAGAAUGCCAACUAUGAAUAGUAAGUUAGGAAUGUGUCAUACAUUUUGUGACUCAAAAUCCGUAGUACUUGUAAAGCAACUCAUGCUACAUGUCAGCGUACACAGUGAACCCUAAUGGCAAACCUUGUGGCCCGCUGAGAACCCCUUUUGGUUGACAUGGGAAUUUUCUGGGCACCUCCCCUUCUUCCAGAAGUCGUGGGGUAAGGUGGUGUCCAGAAGCCAUUGGACAAUUGUCGUGGUAAGAAGAAUGUUUUUAUUUUGCAUUUCGAUAUGCUCAAAGGAAAAAAAGCUUUUACAUUAUUUCAGUUUUGAAAAAUCAAAUGUUUGUUUUUCUCUUUCUGUGAAUGGAUUAAAAAGGAGAGAACAUGAUUCCCUUUUGCCUCCUGUCUACAAAAACUGGUUCUUAAACCUUCAUAGAAAAUGAGAAGAUGGAUUUAGUAGUAUUUGGAGUUUGUUUUUUAGUAAGAUUUGUGAACAACGGUCACAUAAAUAAUUUCUAUUUUAAAUUCUAGAAGUUGAUUCUAUGCCUACUGUAAUGUCAGUGUUUACAGGACUUUUUUUUUUUUCUUUUUUCUGUGCUUGGGAUUGAACCCAGGACCUUCACACUGAGCUACAUUCUCAACUUUGUAAAAAUUUAUUAUUUUGAGACAGUCUUACUAAGCUGCUAAAUUGUCCAGCCAGGCUGGACUCAAACUUGGAACCCUCCUGCUUCAGUCUCCUGAGUGCCAGGAUCAGAGAUGGGCACCACUAUGCCCAGCUGUUUCCCUUUUUUCAAAUGUAAGAUGUUUUAGAUAUCAACAGCUUUAAAAAUUUUUUUGAUUUUCACAUAAAUCCAUUUCCCUCCUUUCCUGCCCCCACUUCUUUUCCUUUAUUUUCUCCUUAAAUUUUUUCUUCCCAGUUGUAAAUGGAUUAUUUUUCAAUUUAAUGGAUUAAGAUAUUUGCAACCCAACUUGACACACAGUUGUUAACAUGCUCCUUGUCAGUAUCUUCGGUAGUCUUCAAGUUAAUUUGCCUGUGAUUGGUGUUUCAUAUCAUCACUUUUUAAUCCCAUCCCAUCAGUGUAUGAACUUGACCACUGAGAUUCUCACCUCUGAUCCAAGUCUUUUGUGAAGUGGCUGGUCACCUUGAAGUGUGAAAAUGUUCAUGUUUGGUACCAGAAUAGGAUUGGUGUUCUGCCCUCUAAAAUUGUUCUAGGGAAAGAAGAAUUUUUAGGGAUUGAUUUGUUGGUGAGUUUUAUUUGUAUAUAAGCCUGGAAAUUAACUCUUAAGGGUUCUCAGUAGGAUAAAAGGGAACAGUGUUAGAAAUACCAGUACCCUGAAUCGUUCAGGGCGGUGUAGACCAGCUGGCGUUUCCCAUCAGUGGGGCAGAAGGCAUUGCUGGGAACCUGCUGUGUGUACUGCCUUUUGGUGGUGUACAGCAGCACAUGAAGGUUCAUUCCCCGCCUGGCAGUGACAGGUAUGGCUGCUUCGGAGAUCUUCACAAAGACCCUCCCUCCCCCAGGAAGGGGCGGCUGAGGGCAAAGAAAGGGGUUUCCAGGACUUCCUCUCUUGAGGACUUUUGGCUAUUAUAAAUAUACUUCCUAUCACGUUUCAAGAAAUCUGAGAGAUUUUUAAAGUAAUGUUUAAACAAAAAAGUCCAAAUAGUAACUAGAUUGGUGGUUUUCCUUUCUAUGUGUGCAUAGGUAUUACAAUAUUAAUGAAGCUUUUUGGACUCUUGUAUUCAAUUUAUUAUCACAAAGCAAGAGGGAUCAUCUUGGAUGAUAGCACAAAGAAAUAUGAUUUUAGGAUUUCAUAUCCCAUAAGUCUGAGGCUCAUCAAUUGUAAGCUGUGCUGUUGGUCUGGGGUCAAUUUUUAAGAAGAAAAACCACUAGGAUACAACUUUACAGACUAAUCAUCAAAUAGCCUGAUUAUCAGAAUAUAAAAAUGAAAAAAACCCACAUUGAAUUUGAGCACAAUAUUAUACCUGGAGAUGAAUACCAUUUUAGAAAUCCAUGGCUAGAGGUGCACAUAGAUUUAAAUAUGACUACUUUGGCUCACCUUUAUAGCUCAUUCAGGCGGUGUCCUGGUCAACUCACACAACCCAGAUUAACUUUGUGAGCGGAAUCAUCUAAAGGCAACAGGGCUUUUUUGCUUUGCUCUGCUUUACUUUUCAUGCUUUCCUGGCCCAAUGGGACUACUUCUAGUUGUUUGCUGCAUUACACUGGAGAAUGGAGUUUGGCUUCCUCUUAUAAUUCUGUUCAGAUCUAAGCAGUGACAGGUGGGCACGGUGGUGUGACAUCACAAAUGGUGCCAUCGUGAGAUACUUCUGCAGGGCCAACAGAAGAGAAGCCCCUGAGCCCGCAGCGAUCAGCAGGGAAGGGGAAGUGUACCAGCAGCGCUCUCCCCAAACGGACGGAGCCCAGUCGGGUCCCUGGGCCGAUCCGGUCCUCGGCUGUGACUCGGAACCAGCACCUGUGUUUAGACAGCUGAGAAAAAACCAGAUGUGGUACUAACGGCCAGGACUGGUUUUUUUUGUGCUAAGCAUCUGAAAUCUGAUUCCUCAUCAGCCUCUUGACUGUGCUCAGGCCCCAUAAUGUUAUCAUCUUUACGCAUUAGGAGUGGGAACCUAGAAGAUAAUUGUCCCUGCCACGCCCAGCAGGUCACACGGCCACUCAGGCAAGGCUGAUUGACACUCUGGCCCAUGCUUUCGUCCUCUGGGCUUCGCUUUUGCUCCGCUCUCUUUCGGUCUCCGGCGCAUGCAGACUCCGUGCCUGAGGUCACGUGGGAUGAAUGAGGACAUCUGCCUGCAGGGUUGGCACAAACCACAGCGUCGCAUACUGGGACGCAGGACAGGCUGCAAAGCAGGACCACCCCGCUGGCCACACACCACCUAAGGAGGACUUGUGCUGCUGGACUUGGCUUUGUUUUCUAGCAGGUGGGUGAGAACCCGUCCUACCACCAGCGAACUCACCUUGCAAAAAGGCCACCAAAUAAUAUUCUACAGCGUCCCUCAAGGUAGUUGACAACGGUGAGGGCACGCGGGAGGAAUUAGGACAGGCGCUGGGUGAACUGAGUUUGAAAAGAACUGGUACUCUCCCACUGAAUGUAAAAGAUGAGUUCUCACUGUUCUUGUUGCCUGCUUGCUUGCUUAGGGGAAACACCGGGUCAUUCAGAACGCGUCCACAGCCCGGGUGCGUCACGUGGCCUCUUACACACAAGACAUUCGGUGUCUCUGACCGCUGUGGUCGCGGUCAGUCGGUGGAGGGAGAGAUCGUCCAUACGAAGGGUGGACAAGGAAUCACCCUGGGCUCCUGAGGGGCUAGAAAGAGGCUAAAUACCUUUGGCAGCCUCGUCCGCUCAUCUUCAUUCUUCAGAGCAAGCGCGUGAUUUCUUGCCCACGACCAGGAAGUGGCUCAGACCUCAGGGUGGCACUGUGUGAAGCGCGGGUUCCUCCUUGCCAGUCGCCCUGUCCACCUGCGAUUCUCCGCGGCCGUCUGUAUCCAUUGCGCCAUUGACACCGAAUCUCAGUGGCUGUUUUUGUUCACCGCUGAGUCUCCGGGCCCCCUUGCCCUUGUAGGAGAGAGUCCCAACAACACGGCUGAAUGAGAGCCGCCCCACAAGUUAGGCCAGCUGACUCGCGGCCUUGCAUCUGUUUGGCUUCCUCCAAACUUGAAUCCGAUAGCACGGGAGGAGUGUAAGUAAAGCCACGCACCACCGAUGAAGCGAGAAGAAAGUCUAAAAAGAAAAAUCAGCUGCCACUCCGUGUAAAGACUGCUGUUCCCCCUGGCUGUAGCCACAGCCCACAUUCCCAAGGUAAACAGACUGGGAUCCAGGAAUCAGCCGAGACACACGAGCCCAGGACGCCACCUUGUGGUUUAUUUUCACAUUUACCAUUUUCAACCUGUGGAAUUUUCCUUCAGAAGAUGACUGCAAACCAGUAGAACAGAGGGAAGGGGAAUUGUCCUCAUCUAAAUGUUUUUUGGGUGCCAUUAUCCGGAGAGUUAGCUCAAACAUUAUAUUCAUUCCUUUUUCAUUUCUAUCUUAAAUAUUAAAUUGAUUCAGAAGACUAAUGUAUGUCUGAGGUGUAAUCAAGGAAAGAUGAACAUGUGUUCUCUCCACCCCAUUUGGCAUCGCUGGUACUUCCCAAGCCUCUCCUCAGCAUCUUCCUAAAUCUCUUCUCCAGCAUUUCUGUUCCUGAAGGUAACCGCCAUCUUGCUUUUAGUUGCAGUCUGCCUUCUCUGUAUAAAUCAACCACCGGUGCUAUUUACAUUUUAAACCUCAUGUGGUGCUGGGGCUGCAGCUCAGAAACAGGGUGCUUGACCAAGGUAUGCAAGGUGGUUCCAGGCCUAGCCCUUCAAAAAUUAAAUAAAGAGCCAGGGAUUUGGCUCAGUGGUUCGCGCAAGGUCCCAAGUUCAAUCCCUGGUACCAAAAAAAAACCAAACAAAAAUUAAAUGAAACCUCAUCUAAAAUGCAGCCAUGUUCUAUUGGCCUCACUUGUUUUUUCAGUAUUGGGAAUCAAACUCAGGGCCUUCACACUGAGCUUCAUCGAGACUUUUAUUUUUCAUUUUUAAUUUUGAAUCAGACUCUUGUUAAAUCUCAAACUUGCCCGGCUAGGCUCAAACUUGCCAUCUUCCUGCUUCAGCCUUCCAGAGUGCUGGGAAAUCCUGUUUCCCAGGAACUCGGCAGGAGCUGCAGUCCCUUCGUUUUUCUGCUCUGUCCUGCUCAUUCCAUGACUGUGCACAUUAUAGUCUGCCGCCCUGCUCCCAGUGGAUGUCUAGACUGUUUCCGGUUGGGGUUGGCUAUGGAGGAGGCUGCUAUGCUCAUCUCUGCCCCGGGGUCCUGGGGCACUGGAGUGGGGAAUUCCCUGGGGUCCACUGCUGGGAAAAGGAAGCAGUAACCACGAGAUAAGAACAAAUCUUUUCCAGGCUUAUUUUAUUGCACCUGUUUACUCUGCCACCCUUCAUGUGUGGGGCUUCUGAUUGUUCUACAUUCUUGUCAACAGCCGAGAUUGUCAGAUUUUUCCAUUUUUGCCAUUUUGAUGGGCAUAAAGAGUAUCUCUUUUGAUAUUCGGUCUGCAUUUCCCUGAUCAGGAAAGAAGUUGGUCCUGUUUUCAAAGGUUCGUUGGUCAUUCGUUUUUGCCUGGAGAAAUGCCUUUUGUCCUCAUUCUUUCAUUUAUCUACUGCUAUAGGCCCAGUACUAUCACACCCACAGGAACCAAAGGUGCGCACAGAUACGUACUACAUAGGCCUGGACCCUGCUGAGGACUGCUUGGCUUCUCUAUGGUUCUGCCGCCUUUGGGAAUCAUACUAAUUAUGGAAACUGAAAAAACAGGAAAAAUUUGGCCACCAAUUAUAUGGCCAGACCCUGGCCUCCAGGAAUAUACAAAAGCACAACUUACCCCAGACGAUAGCAAAUGAUAUAAAGAACAAUAUCUAUGACAGAAAUUCAGGGGAUAUAAUAAGCAGGAAGAAGCUAACUGAUCAAGUAGGUCUGUGGUUUAAAUUUAAAUUUCAUUGCUUUUAUGUGACUAACAUAAAAAAUAUUUUCUUAUAGUCUACUUACUAAGGUAAGAAGGUGAAAAAUAACCACUUUAAAUCAACAAAAGAAUCAACAGAGAUAUGAAAGCAAUAUAUAUAUGUAUUUUGGGGGUGGGUACCAGGGAUCAAACUCAGGUCCUUGCGCUUGUGCAGCAGGCAGCGAAACCACUGAGCUAAAUCCCCAGCCCUGAAGAUACUUUUAUCUACUAACAUGUCUAUUCAUAAAUGAUGUACUCUUAUGUUUGUAAUUAAGCUUUAUUUUUUUCAAUUAAAAGUUUUCCACACCUCUUAGUGGAAUCUGGUAACCCCA